UAGCAUGCGAUGAAUCUCUGCAGUUUGGAAAACACAUUCUUCGGGCCCGAGACAGGUGUAGGAGAGCGCAAGACAAGUGGGGGUUGUGUGAAUAAUUUUCUCUCCACCAAGUUUAUUAUUAAACUUUUUGCGCUUAUUAUUGUCCCAUCAUACGUCCCAACCGAGGCUUACAAGAGAUGAUCCCAUUUUGUUUCCUGUGA